GUGCAAUCAUAGUGCAAGUAGUGCAAUGAUAAUAAAUUGUGCGAUGAAUUUAUGUGAAUUAUUCGAAAAUGGGUUUAAUUCAAGCAAAACAAAUAGGAUUAACAAUAAAUCUGUGUGAAGUGUGCUAAAUUUCAAUGUGAUCAAUGACCUAUUCUGUGGAGUAUCGACGGUUUGAGUUGUGUCGGAGAAGAGAUUUUAUUUGGACAAAUAUUUCAUGACCAUCAAAACUGCCCCGAUGCCUCUAAGCAUCAGCAUCCCUAAGACAACAUGUAUGACAUGUUGUCUGAAUUCCAAGUAUCAGAAUUCGAUUCAAUCGGGGAUAUAUUUCGACUAAAGUCUGGUGAUCCAUUAGAUACGUUUGGCGAGAUGUGGUACCCAGUGUUUUUGUGGUCAUUGUGUUCGUCAGUGUUUGUUCACACUUGUGCGGCGCUCGUGGCGUUCGGCACCCUAAGAAAGCACAAGUAUGGAAAGUUCUUUCCCGUCCUCUUAAUAGUGAUGGGUGUAGUGAGCCCAGUGACAUCAGGUGUGGCGAGCAGCGCUGCUGUUGCCUUCAUAUAUCGCGCGGCAAAUCUGACUAUGCCGCCUAUCCAUGCCAUGAUAUGGGGCAUCGGGCAAACGCUGCUAGGGGCAGGCAUUGGUUUCACAAGGAUUUUAGCAACUUUGUAAUAAGUGGUGUAUUAUUUGUAGUUAAUUGUGAUGCAUCAACUCUCUAUAUAAUUUUGAUGUAAUUGAAAGUCAAUUAUCUUAGCAUUAUUGUAAUAAUGGUAUAGGACAGUGGAGAUAUUGUAGUAUAGAUAAAUUAUCACUGGUCCUGGUAAUGGUAAAUACUCACCAAUCAUAGUAGUGAGACUGCUGUAAAUAAUAUUUCUCUAUGUGUACUUUUUGUAUGUAUGCAAAGAAUAGUCAUUUGUAUUGUAUAAUUUGGCAAUGAAAUUAUAAAGUUUACUUAUUUAAAAACCUGUCCUUGGCUUUAACCAUUGUAAAUAUAAUCACUUAUUUUGUACAAGUACAUAUGAACUCCAAUGUAUUUAUUAUUCUGUUUGUAUUCAAAUUUUCCACAUGGCUCUGCAUGUGUGUUACAACAAUAUACUGACAAUUUGCAAGAUUACUAUCAAUGCUAAAAAUAUGUAAAUUCCCAAGUCUUGGGACCGUGUUCAGAUCCUGA